UUUGGUUAGUCCUCCCCGCAUUUGUUUUUCACUUUGUUGUUCGCUGAUUUUCAAGUUCAAAUCUUGAUAUAUUAAUGGCCGCUUGCUUCUGAAAUUCCAACCAUUUAAAAAACAAUCCGAGAUUCCCAAUUCCUUCCUUCCUAAUGGAUACCCAAAGCUAGUUCUUGUUGUUCAAAUUUUUUUUCCACAAUGGCUGCAUCAGCAUUGACCACCACUUCACUAUUGCUAUCAGCACCCUCUUUCAAGAAAACAAAUCUCAAAACCUUUUCCUACCCAAAUGCACUCUCCCUGCACUGCUAUCAACCCACUUCUUUUGAGCUCCAAAUUCCGAAACUUUCACCGUUUUCCUCUUCCUUUGACCCAGACAAGUGCUUCCGAAAAUGGGUUAUUUGAUACAGCCGACCCAAGCGGAGAAGAUGAGAUUUUGCCUUCUUUUGAGGAGAAGCCGUUGAAUUUCGCCCUCUGGGUUUUGGUCGGGUUUUCUUUGUCCCUGAUUUGGUACGCCACGUCUGGAGAUGCUAAUGCCGCCACCGCCGCCGCCGACUCCAUUCGAGCUUCCGGCUUCGGCCUCAAGGUUGCGGGCGCUUUGCGCGGGUCGGGUUGGCCCGACGAGGCAGUCGUGUUUGCUCUUGCUACUCUUCCCAUCCUCGAGCUUCGUGGAGCUAUUCCUGUUGGUUACUGGAUGCAACUCAAGCCUAUGCUCUUGACAAUCUUAUCAAUUCUCGGGAAUAUGCUUCCUGUGCCCUUCAUUAUACUAUACCUGAAGAGGUUUGCUACUUUUCUUGCUGGGAAAAACCAAUCUGCAUCUAGGUUUCUUGACAUGAUUUUCAAGAGUGCCAAGGAGAAGGCUUCUCCUGUGGAAGAAUUUCAAUGGCUCGGGCUAAUGCUUUUCGUGGCGGUUCCUUUUCCCGGAACAGGAGCUUGGACUGGAGCCAUCAUAGCCUCUAUUCUUGAUAUGCCCUUCUGGUCUGGUGUAUCAGCCAAUUUCUUCGGUGUUGUGUUGGCUGCGCUUCUGGUAAACUUGCUGGUGAACCUCGGUCUCAAGUAUGCCAUUAUUGUUGGUAUCAUUCUCUUCUUUAUAUCCACUUUCAUGUGGGGUAUCCUCCGGAACAUUAAGAAGUCUAUGAGAUCAUCAAACUAAUGUUAAAUUACUUAUUGAAAUAGGCUCUUUGUUUUUGUUUUCUUUUCAU